UAAUGUCUUCAGAUGCGAUGCAAGUUACGUCUAAUUUACCUUGGGUUGAAAAGUAUCGUCCAAGUAAGUUAUGUGACUUAAUUUCUCAUGAAGAAAUUUUACAAACGAUUAAUAAAUUUAUUGAUGAAGAUCAGUUUCCACAUUUAUUGCUAUAUGGACCACCAGGUACUGGAAAAACGACUACAAUACUUGCAUGUGCCAAAAAACUCUAUACUCCACAGCAAUUUAAUUCUAUGGUUUUAGAACUUAAUGCUUCGGAUGAUAGAGGAAUUGGCAUUGUCAGAGGGCAAAUAUUAAGUUUUGCUAGUACAAAAACUAUUUAUAAAUCAGGAUUUAAAUUAAUCAUACUAGAUGAAGCCGAUGCCAUGACUACAGAUGCACAAAAUGCACUUAGAAGGAUUAUUGAAAAAUAUACAGAUAAUGCACGAUUUUGUAUCAUAUGUAAUUAUUUAAGUAAAAUUAUACCUGCUCUUCAAUCACGUUGCACUAAGUUUAGGUUUGGCCCUCUUGCUUCAUUACAAAUUUUACCACGUUUAGAAUAUGUUAUUAAAGAAGAAAAUGUUACUGUAACUGAAGAUGGUAAACAAGCAUUAAUAACAUUAAGUGGUGGUGAUAUGAGAAGAGUAAUAAAUGUUUUACAAAGCACAUGGUUAGCAUUUGGAUGUGUCAAUGAAGUGAAUGUAUAUUCUUGCGUUGCUCAUCCACUGCCAAUAGAUAUCAAAAAUAUAAUCAAUUGGUUAUUAAACGAAAGUUAUGAAUUUGCUUAUAAUAAAAUUCAAGACCUAAAAACAAAAAAAGGAUUAGCAUUGCAGGAUAUAUUAACAGAAAUUCAAGUUUUCGUCAAUAAAAUUGAAUUUCCGGAUGAUAUAUUGAUUGAUCUCAUAAUAAAAAUGGCUGAAAUUGAAAAAAGAGUUAUUAGCGGAUGUAAUGAAGCUGUACAGUUGAAUUCUCUUGUCGCUACUUUUCAAAAACCUAGAGAAAUGCAAAUUUCAUAAUCUAAAUUGGUUACAACCAUACAACUUUGAUCAAAAAGAAAAGCAUAAGCAUAAGUUCAUGGUUCAAACUUAAACUAUUCCAGAAAAUGAUCCAGAUGAAAAUAUGCAAGAAAUAGUAUGCAUAUAAUUUUUAAACAUACUAAUUAGAUUAGAUUUGUAUAUUUAAGAAAUCAGUAUCAGGUGUAUGAAAAAACAUACAUAUUAAAUCAACUUUGGAAAAUACGUUAUACUUAAAGGAAACCCCGGAUAUUCGAAAUACCAAAAAUAUAUAUUAGUUCAAUCAUUUGGGCAAAUAUCUAAUGCCUAUCUACAAUUAUUGUCACAUUUACUUUAAAACUAACGCUUAACUGGGCAGUUGCCAAACUAUUCUAAA